AUGUCAUCGGAAGAUGUGCCCAAAAUACCCGAGAGACCUUCGAGGAGGAAGACAUCUGAACUGUUUCCGUCACCUAGCACUGAAGCAGGGGAUAUAAAGGCCAACAGCGAACCAUCAACACCUUUAGAAAAGCCCAAUGUACCAACAAGGAGGCCCAUUCUUAAAGCAAAAACGAUGACUUCGUUUGAAUGUGGUACAGUACCGGAAAAUUUGCCUCAGGUUCCACUACAAAGGCCAAUUAGACGCUCCACUACUGAAGAACUGAAUAAUGUAAUGAAUAACACCAGCAAGGAGCUGAAAGAGAUUGAAAGCUUGAUUACAAAGCAUAAUACACACUAUCCAUUUAAGAAAAAAAGCUCAACAGCUGUUCGAGAGGGAGAAACGGCAGCUAUUCAUCAAAGCGAACAAAGAUCAUUAAGCGACAAGGAUUCUUUUUCUCCAGAUCUAUCCUUAUCCGUAGCAAAGGAGCAUGAAAAAAAUGAGGAUAGUCAGCCUGCUGUAUCUUCUUCAAAUUUAUUGAAGUCAUCUCAUGAUGAAAUUGCAAAGGGCAGCGACUUAAAAGGCCGCACUGAGAAACAAGAGGUACAUACCGCUCUAGACAAUGAGGUUGGGGACAGAAGUGGUUUUGAAAAAGGAGUCACCUCUGAAGAUGUGGAAUUACCGGUAGAUGUUGACAAGGAAGUUGAAGAAGAUAGUGUUCAGUCUUCGGGUGCAGCUACCGGAUCUGGUGUCAAAGCUGAAAAGUUUACUAAGCUUUCUGAAUCAAGUUUCGAGGAACUACAGAAGCAUCAAGAGCAACAGGAAGAGAAAAUAUUUCAGAAUCCAACCGAUGAGGAAAGCACUACAUCUCUAAAUGAGAAACUGGAAGCCGAGAAUAACCUGGAAGUAAAUCGUCAGCCAAAUAGGCUUCCUGCCCCUGCAAAAAUUACCCAAACAACUGGCACAAAUAUCCAUUCACAGUCACAAGGCGAACAGGCAAAUGACAUUCCAGUGAUUCCACGGAGUAGACCCAAAAAGGAUCUUCAAGCAGGCUUAGGAAAAGAAGAGUCAUUUAAUGUAGAAAAUAAGCCUACACCAGAAGAACAUGACUCAACCCACGUCGAUGCUGAAGAGAAAAGCGAAAUUCCAAAAGUUCCUUCUGAGAGACCAAAAAGACGUGCACCACCUCCAGUCCCCAAGAAACCCUCUUCAAGAAUUGCGGCCUUUCAAGAAAUGUUACAAAAACAACAGCAGCAAGAUCUGCAUAAUAAUGGAAUUUCGUCGGCUAUCACUGCUUCAGCAGAUACCACAAAGGAAAAUACAGAAUCUUCUACUGCCAGCAAUUCGACAAACGCCGAUUUCACAAACAAACUGAAUGGGCUGCUUGCGCUACCCGGUAUGGUAAACCCCGGACAGCUUCCAGCUUCCUUAGGGAAGAGACUGUCCUCUUCUGACGCUGAACCUACCGGAGGAAAACAGGAGCAACCACAAGCGAAAGGCGCACCUUUAGGUAACAUUAGGAGGACGAAGGGACCCCGUGGACGUAAAUUACCUUCUAAAGUAGCUGAUGUGGAGAAAGUUGAAGAAGAUGAAAAUACUAAUAAAAUAGAGAUAUUCAACAAUUGGAAUGUUCACUUUCUCUGCUCCAAGCAAAGAAUUUUGGCCAAUACUAACUCCAAUGAGCAACUAGAAAAGACUUUGGAUGAAAAUUCAAAAAAUAUCCCAAUGGGGCAAUCUGAAGUGUCCUCAAAUGAGGUGGGGGAUGCUCUCUAUCCUAUUGUCAUGGAGGAAAAGAAUGUGUCCACUGCCAAUGCAGAAUCGGUACCUGAUUUUUCAUUAUCGCAGACAGCGGCUGUAGGCAAUAGGAAAACUGCGAGUGAGGAGUCGUUGUCUCCAUCAGAUGCGAUUGCUAACAGAGAUCAAGAUGAUAUAACGCAGAUACAGGAACAACAAAUGGAGAACCAAAUGGAAGCGGAUAUGGCAAGAGAACUCUCUGAUGGCUACGAAGAUGUUGAUUAUGCAUUGCAUUCGGAGGAAGCGUCUACACCUUAA